AUGCGCUGUGUUUUCUUCAACGACAACAGCGGUUAUGGCGACGAUGGUGCAGAGUCGGGUGGCCGAUCAUGUACUCCUGAGGUGGACGGUUGGCGUGGACGUUACUGGACAGUCUUUGAGCUUACGCGGCCGGCGCCCCAAUCGCCACCACCUUCAGGGCUUCAUCCGGGAGGGCGUGGCGUGCUGGUACGUGUCUGGAACCAUUGUCCCCCUGAGAACUCCUUCAGUGCUCGCUGCAAUGAAUGGAGGGCUGGUCUCCAAGCGUUGCAUGCCUCACUGAACCCGGAGUACCGGAAGCAGCGUCCGAUGAUGGAGACGGUGCGAAGCGAUGUGAUGCGCGGUGCCUUCGGUGAGGAGCGGGCGGACUUCUCGGGCGAUGUGCCGGAGAUGAUGCAGAGCUACGAUCCUGAGGCACCGUUCAAGACCCUGGCAGAGGCCUCCGGAAAGCACGGCAUUGUGGAGGAGAUCAUGGGUUUCUUUGUGGCGCCUUUCGAUGGAGAUUAUUCCUUCAUGACCUGGGGACGAAACUUCCAGGACGUGUGGUUGAGCGAGUCCACCGACCCGGCAGACAUGAUCCAGGUGGCCGAACGGCUUGACCAUACCGGCUGCAGGACACACAGCCGCCGAAGGGCGAUCCACGCGGGUUGCUCCAUCUUCUACAACGAACGUCAUCAUACCACGCCAUACUGGCUUCACGUGGGCAGCUACGUGAAAGACAGCUUCGACGGGCAGGGCUUGGACCUGCGGACGCCUACGGAGGUCACGGUGCCGCUACAACAAGGCGAGCGUCGCUUCUUCAUGAAGCGCUCGGUGCACAGCGAGGACUGGCGGCCGGGCUUCGGCGACCGCCGGCGCCGUCGUGCCUUCCAGGCAACGGGUCUGCGUAUCCAUAAGCCGGACCUUUCAAACCUCACUGCUCAGCAGAGGGAGCUACUGGCCGAUCGAAAGAGUUGGCCAGAGAUCGUGAAGAUCUCUCGCUUCAUCUCGAAGAACGGCGGCCAGUGGCGCUUGGGAAUUCGGGAGGAUCCACAGGACGAUGUGACCUGGACGAACUGGAUCACCUGGAACUUUCACGAGUGGCAUGUGUGCGAGGCAUUGAAUCAGGUGACCAUGCCCAGCGGCACGAAGGUCUUUGUGGAAGGCUGGUGGCUGAACUCAUAUACCAGUGGUGAAGAGUCCGUGAAUGAGUGGAUGUUCUGGAUUUGGCGUCCCAUGGGCAACCUCCCCGCACUCGAGGUGGAAUAUGAUCAGAUGCGCAGCCGCGUUGAGGUGGCCACCAUCACCGACGGCGACCCGGAGGAUCUCUUCGUUUGGCCCUUGCCGGCCUCGCUCUUCCAGGUGCCUGUGACGGAACCGGCAGUGAACUUGGUCGCCCGGGGCAUCCGGGCCCAAGACAGUCCUCGAGCCGGCCCUGCCAUGAGCAAUCAGAGUGACCUGGAUGAGGAGGUGGACAUGACAGCGACCGGCGCUUGA